CGCGAAGGACCAGACCCGGAACGCUUUGGAGGACGGACCGCAGAGGUUGUCUGAAGGCCGAGGCCAAGAUGGUGGCGCUGGCGGCUCCUGGUCUCUUCUGUGUGCGGAUCCUGGGCCUACGGUCCAGCAUAAACACAGUGGCCCAGGUGCGCAGAGUCCAUCAGAGUGUGGCCACCGAGGGCCCGAGCAGCACACAGUCUGCUGUGACCAAGGCUGCAGCGGGGGCUGUGGUUCCCAAGCCCUCCCAUCUUCCCAGAAACCGGGCCGAGUAUGUGGUGGCCAAGCUGGAUGACCUCAUCAACUGGGCACGCCGUAGCUCCCUGUGGCCAAUGACCUUUGGCCUGGCAUGCUGCGCAGUAGAGAUGAUGCACAUGGCCGCCCCACGGUACGACAUGGACCGCUUUGGUGUGGUGUUCCGUGCCAGCCCACGUCAGGCUGAUGUGAUGAUUGUAGCUGGCACACUUACCAACAAGAUGGCCCCUGCACUCCGUAAGGUGUACGACCAGAUGCCUGAGCCUCGCUAUGUGGUGUCCAUGGGGAGCUGUGCCAAUGGUGGGGGCUACUACCACUACUCCUACUCGGUGGUGCGAGGCUGCGACCGUAUUGUGCCCGUGGACAUCUAUGUGCCAGGCUGCCCGCCCACAGCAGAGGCGCUGCUCUACGGAAUCCUGCAGCUGCAGCGGAAAAUCAAGCGUGAGCAGAAGCUGAAGAUCUGGUACCGCAGGUAG